AUGGCGGAAGAAUUCACGGAAGAUAUAGGAGUAGUGAGCAAGAGGCUGCUCGAACCAGUACCCUUUGUAAGAACGAAUAACUGUAUUAAGGAUGUGGACUCCGAGCUGUUCAUUAAGGCAUAUGCGAGUUACCUAAAGCUGCACAACAAAAUAACCUUCCCAAAAUGGUGUAACUUUGUGAAAACAGGAAAAGGCAGAAAAUUAGCUCCCCUAAAUGAUGAUUGGUAUUUUGUAAAGGCAUCCAGCAUUUUGAGAAAAUUGUAUCUUAGCCCAGACAUUGGAGUUGGCUACCUCAGAAGGCACUACAGUUACAAGCAGAGAAGAGGCGUCGCACCUAAUCACACCAGUUUAGCUAGUGGAAAAAUAUUGAGGUCAAUUUUGCAGCAGUUAGAAAAUCUUGGUUAUGUAGAACAGAACCCAAAGAAAAAGGGAAGGAGACUGACCACCAAGGGAGAAAAUGCAAUUAAUAACUUUGCAAGGUACAUAAACAAGAAAGUAUACAAAUUGGAGAAGGAGUGA